CAGGACGUGUUUGAAAGUGUAAAAUAGUAAGGAAGUAGUAAAAAACCUUUUGUAGAAAGUAGUGUACAAAACGAACCAAAAAUACCCCCUAUCCUAUGGUGGUGGGUAUAAAAAAGACGAAAGAAUUUACGAAAAGUACAAAUUACGGAUAAUAGCUGGAACUCUUUUAUAUUGUUGGAUUUUUGUAAAAUACAAACGAAAAUGGCCAUACCCUUUUAUGAACCAGUCGAGGAACAAUCCCUUCAUCAACAGCCAAUGCAAGCAAUGCCUUCCGUAGAAGUUGACCAAGUGGAUGGUCAUAUCAUGACUAAUCCGCCAAACAUUCAACAUAUAGAAACGCCUCCUAGCUCCCCACUGCCGGCACCCACAGAAGGUAAUGUUAUGGCCUGGAAAUUAUUGGCCAUGGCCAUGUGUAAGGCCCUUAAGGAUCAUUAUCAACAAAAUAUGGGCUCUUCGGCAACUAGCAGCAGCAGCUCUUUCACGGCGGCCAUAGAAAUUCUGCCCAAUGGCCAAGUAAAAUCUUCCUGGAACUGAAUGCCAUUCCUACAGACUUAAGAAGUUCCUUGAAGUAUUGGAAAUAUAAGCUAAAGCUCUUUAUAAACAAAAUUGUGAUGUUGUUAGAGACAAAAAAAAAACCAGAAUAUAAAUUGGAAAUUUCCUAAGGAAAUACACUUUGAAUGGAUUGAGCCAUCCUUUUUUGUAAAGCUGUAAGAACGAAGAAAACCCCGAGCGUAGUAAUGCCGACGGCUUUAUGUGUGCAAAGCGUUCUUCAGGCAACAACGCCAGUAAUCGAAAACCAAAACGAUGGGAUUUAAAUUAAAUCACCGCUCAGCAUUUAUGAUAAGCACAAUUGUGAUAGUCAAUUUUAAAUCCAUUUUAUAUUUAUGCAUUACGUAUAAAAAUUACCAAUAACUUACAAUUUUUCAAAACAACUCUCUGUGUCUAUUUUAUACUAUCUAAAUGAUAUAGUUAUCAGAUUUAUGUAUACAUCAAU